CGCGCCGCCGCCUCGCCUCGCCGCGCGUCGUUAUCGCUUCGACGCCAUGACGACCCGUCCCGCGAGCGACGUCGUCGCGGACGACGUCAAGCGCGCGCGUCGCGAAUCCUUCGGCCCGUGGAGCGACCCGAGGAAGAAGUACCUGUACUAUUGCCCGCAGAUGAGAGACCUCGCGCAUGCGAUCGCGGCGCAGCCGUCGUCGCUGGAGAUCACGCUCGGGGAGAUCUCGUGGAAGAAGUUCCCGGACGGGUUCCCGAACCUGUUCGUGGACGGCGCGGAGAGCAUCCGCGGCAAGCACGUCGCGUUCCUCGCGUCGUUCAACAACCCGGAGACGAUAUUCGAACAGAUCUCCGUCAUCUACUCCCUCCCGAAGAUGUUCAUAGCGUCCUUCACGCUCAUCUUGCCCUUCUUCCCGACCGGCACCGCGGAGCGCGUGGACCGCGAGGGCGAGGUCCCGACCGCGGUGACGCUCGCGCGCAUCCUGAGCGCGAUUCCCGCGAGCAGAGGCGGCCCCACGAGCGCCGUCAUCUUCGAUAUUCACGCGUUGCAGGAGCGCUUCUACUUCGGCGACUCCAUCACGCCGUGCUUCGAGACGGGGAUCCCGCUGCUGCUCGCGGCGAUCGACGCGCUGCCGGACAGGGACGACGUCGUGAUCGCGUACCCGGACGAGGGCGCGAUGAAGAGGUUCCACACGUUCUUCGAGGGGUUCGAAGAGGUGGUAUGCACGAAAGUCAGGCAGGGGGAUAAACGGAUCGUGACGCUGAAAGAGGGCGAGCCGAAGGGGAAGCACGUCGUCAUCGUGGACGACUUGGUUCAGACCGGCGGCACGCUCGUCGAGUGCGGGAAGGUGUUGCAGAAGCACGGCGCGAAAGCCUUGAGCGCGUUUUGCACCCACGGCGUGUUUCCGAACGAGUCGUGGAAGCGAUUCUCGGAAGGCGCUGCGAAGGGGAUGUUCGAGAGCUUUUACAUCACGGACUCGUGCCCGCAAACCGUGGAGGUGGUCCAGGGCGUGGAGCCGUUCGUGGUGAUGUCUCUCGCGGGGAGGAUCGCGCACGCGCUAGAGAUUUAAGGCGGGAAACGGCAGAGGGAGGGAGGGAGGAGGAUGAGGAGGAGGAGGAGGUUCACUGAUAUUACACGCGUAGCUCGGACGUAUCCAUAUUUCAACUGGAACGAAAUUAUUUACU